UUCAUGUGAGAUGUUGCGCACACAUAUUGAAUUUAAUAGUUCAAGAUGGUUUAAAAGGAAAUUGAUGCUGUUGUGAUUAAAGUGAGGGAGACCGUAAAAUAUUAUAAGGGUUCUCAAGGAAGAAAAUCGGAAUUUUUAACUUGUGUGUCUCAUGUUGAACUUGAUUCUUCUAAAGGUUUAAAGCAAGAUGUUUCCACUAGAUGGAACUCGACCUAAUUCAUGCUAGAGAGAGUGUUGUGUACUAUAAAAAGGCCUUAAUCCAUUUUAAAAAGAUUGAUGUCAAUUAUGUUCAUUAUCCAACUCUAGAAGAGUGGGAUAGAGUUUAUAAAAUAUGCAAGUUUCUAAAGGUUUUCAAUGAAGCUACUCUUGCCUUUUCAGGGAUCAAUAUUUUCUUCCCAGAUGUACUAAAGUUAGAUUGUUGCUAAAGCGUGAAAUGAAAAGUAAGGAUCAUUUCCUAAGAUUAAUGGCUGCUAAGAUGUAUGAGAAAUUUGAUAAGUAUUGGUCCACUUUUGGUACUUUCAUGGUUGUUGCAAUGGUGUUGGAUUCACGUUAUAAGUUGGAGUUUGUUGAGUGGGGCAUCAAAAAGGUUAAUGGUUUGACUCAAGAGCAUGAUGAUGUCCUUGCACAAGUGGUUGAUAAGGUGAGGGAUCUAUAUGAGGCAUAUGCUGCCGUUUGUACUUCAAGUACUAUAAUGUUGUUGCUGGUUCGAAGGUUCAACCCAUCAAAAAACGAGAUUUUGACGAACUCAUGGAUGCCCGCGACCCAUGUAGCAGACAGCGGGUCGGGCCUCGAGUGGGCUCGUGUCAGGCCGGGCCCAAAUCGUGCCGGCCUGGCCCGAUCCAUGCCCACCUCUAUCAUUAUCAACCCCGUAGUAUGUAUGACGUACUCCUGUUGACCCAAGGACACCACUUGUGCCCUCCACAAACAUUACAUUUAAAUUAAUUACUAAAAUAAAAAGAUUUUAAAUUAUUUUAUUUCUAGGGUAAAAAGAUUUUACUACUACAAACAAGGAGCCAUAAUCAACUACUCGUGCUGAAAUUUCUAAAGAUGAGAAUGGGGGCCAACCUUUACUGUGUAAGAAAAGAAAUCUAA